AUGUUGGCUUCACGACAGCUUCUGGGCUCUGUUGCCCGGAGCCGUACUGCCGCCAGUGCCCGUCUGGGACUGCGUGGCAUGGCUACCGUUUCUGACUCUCCCCUUGACCGCAAGGUCAAGCAGAACAUCCACGAGGAGGGCAACUUCAUCAACUACAAGAAGAUGUCCGAGAACCUGUCCAUCGUUCGCCAGCGUCUCAACCGCCCCCUGGCCUACGCUGAGAAGAUUCUCUACUCCCACUUGGACGACCCUCACGGACAAGAGAUCGAGCGUGGUGUCUCAUACCUGAAGCUCCGCCCCGAUCGCGUUGCUUGCCAGGAUGCCACUGCUCAGAUGGCUAUUCUGCAGUUCAUGUCUGCUGGCAUGCCCUCCGUCGCCAACCCCACUACUGUCCACUGCGAUCACUUGAUCGAGGCUCAGAUUGGUGGCUCUAAGGAUCUUGCCCGUGCCGUCGGCAUCAACAAGGAGGUCUACGACUUCCUUGCCUCUGCUUGCGCCAAGUACAACAUCGGUUUCUGGAAGCCCGGCUCUGGUAUCAUCCACCAGAUUGUCCUCGAGAACUACGCUUUCCCCGGUGGUCUUCUUAUCGGAACUGACUCUCACACUCCCAACGCUGGUGGUCUUGGUAUGUGCGCUAUCGGUGUCGGUGGUGCCGACGCCGUCGAUGUCAUGGCCAACCUUCCCUGGGAGCUGAAGGCCCCCAAGGUUAUCGGUGUCAAGCUCACUGGUGCUCUGAACCCCUGGGUCACUCCCAAGGAUAUCAUUCUCAAGGUUGCCGGUAUCUUGACCGUCAAGGGUGGUACUGGUGCCAUUGUUGAGUACCACGGCCCUGGUGUCGACACCCUCUCUGCCACUGGUAUGGGAACUAUCUGCAACAUGGGUGCUGAGAUCGGUGCCACCACCUCCCUCUUCCCCUUCAACGACUCCAUGCACAAGUACCUCACCGCCACCAAGCGUAAGGACAUUGGUGACUUCGCGAAGACCUACGCCAAGGAGCUUCGCGAGGAUGAGGGUGCCGAGUACGACCAGCUCAUCGAGAUCAACCUGUCCGAGCUCGAGCCCCACAUCAACGGUCCCUUCACCCCCGAUCUGGCCACCCCCAUCUCCAAGUUCAGCGAGGCUGUCAAGGCCAACAACUGGCCCGAGGAUCUCAAGGUCGGUCUGAUCGGUUCUUGCACCAACUCCUCCUACGAGGACAUGACCCGCGGUGCUGCCAUCGCUCGCGACGCUCUCGACCACGGUAUCAAGUCCAAGGCCAUCUUCACCAUCACCCCCGGUUCCGAGCAGAUUCGCGCCACCAUUGAGCGCGAUGGUCAGCUUCAGACCUUCGAGGAGUACGGCGGUAUUGUCCUUGCCAACGCCUGCGGUCCCUGCAUUGGUCAGUGGGAUCGUCAGGAUGUCAAGAAGGGCACCCCCAACUCCAUCAUCUCUUCCUACAACCGUAACUUCACCGGACGUAACGACGGUAACCCCGCCACCCACUCCUUCGUCGCCUCUCCCGACAUGGUCGUUGCCAUGACUGUCGCCGGCAGCCUCCACUUCAACCCCCUUACCGACAAGCUCAAGGACAAGGACGGCAACGAGUUCAUGCUCAAGCCUCCUUCCGGAGACUCUCUCCCCAGCCGCGGAUACGACCCCGGCCAGAACACCUACCAGGCUCCUCCCGCCGACCGCAGCACCGUCAACGUCCAGGUCUCUCCCUCCUCCGACCGUCUUCAGAUCCUGUCCUCCUUCCAGCCUUGGGAUGGCAAGGAUGUCAACGAUAUCCCCAUCCUCAUCAAGUGCAAGGGCAAGACCACCACUGACCACAUCUCCAUGGCCGGUCCCUGGUUGAAGUACCGUGGCCACUUGGACAACAUCUCCAACAACAUGUUGAUUGGUGCCAUCAACGAGGCCAACGGCGAGGCCAACAAGAUUCAGAACUUCACCACCGGCGAAUGGGACGCCGUCCCCGCCGUCGCCCGUGACUACAAGGCCAAGGGUAUUAAGUGGGUUGUCAUUGGUGACUGGAACUACGGCGAGGGUUCUUCCCGUGAGCACGCCGCUCUUGAGCCCCGUCACCUUGGUGGUCUUGCCAUCAUCACCCGCUCCUUCGCCCGUAUUCACGAGACCAACCUGAAGAAGCAGGGUAUGCUUCCUCUUACCUUCUCCGACCCCGCCGACUACGACAAGAUCAGACCCGAGGACAAGGUCGACAUCCUCGCCACUGAGCUCGAGGUCGGCAAGCCUCUGACCAUGGUUGUCCACCCCAAGGAUGGCAAGGCCUUCGAGGUCAAGCUCUCCCACACCUUCAACGCCCCCCAGAUUGAGUGGUUCAAGAACGGUUCCGCUCUUAACACCAUGGCCAAGUCCGCUGGCAAGUCAUAA